AAAUAGAAUGCAUAUUAGGACCAAUGAGACUUCUCAGCUGAGACUCUGAGACUGAGGGCCACAAGCAAUGGCGGCGAUAACUCGGCUGCACCUCCACCACCACCACCACCACCACCACGCUUUUCCGAUCAUCAAACCUUCGCUACUUUUAUCAAAACUUUCUCACUCGCCCUCCUUCUUCCCCAAUUUCCACUUUACACCUCUCCGCAAAUUUUCCCUCUCCCCAUUACUCUGCUCCAUUUCAGAUCAACCUCUCCAGAGUUCUUCGGGGGCAGGAUCGCCGUCCAUAGUUGGGGAUCUUCUGGAUUACCUCAAUGAGUCUUGGACUCAAUUUCAUGCUACAGCUGAAGCAAAACGACAAUUAAUUGCUGCUGGUUUCCAGUUGUUAAAUGAGAAUGAUGAAUGGGACCUAAGGCCUGGUGGCCGCUACUUAUUCACGCGGAACAUGUCUAGUUUGGUUGCCUUUGCCAUUGGAGAAAAGUACAGUGUUGGUAAUGGUUUUCACGUGAUUGCUGCACACACAGAUAGCCCAUGUCUAAAACUAAAGCCAAAGUCUGCAGCUUCAAAAUCUGGUUAUCUUAUGGUCAAUGUGCAGACUUAUGGAGGUGGGUUGUGGCACACUUGGUUUGAUAGAGACUUGAGUGUUGCUGGAAGGGUCAUACUGAAGGGCAGUGAUGGUUCCUUCUUGCACAAGCUUGUCAAAGUAAAAAGACCUCUUUUGCGAGUACCAACGUUGGCCAUUCACCUUGACCGCACAGUGAACAAGGAUGGAUUUAAACCAAAUCUUGAGACUCACCUAAUUCCAUUACUCGCAACAAAACUUGAGGAAGCAUCUUCAGAGUCCAAAGAGAAAAGUACCUCAUUAUCUUCAAAAACUGCUCAUCAUCCACUGCUUAUGCAGGUUCUAUCUGAUGAGCUGAGUUGCGGCGUUGAUGACAUAAUGAGUAUUGAGUUGAAUGUUUGUGAUACACAACCUAGCUGUCUUGGAGGUGGAAACGACGAGUUUAUAUUUUCUGGAAGAUUAGAUAAUCUUGCUUCUAGUUACUGUGCGUUGAGAGCACUUAUUGAUUCAUGUCAAUCAACUGGGGAUUUGUCAAGUGAACAUGCCAUUCGGAUGGUUGCAUUAUUUGAUAAUGAAGAGGUAGGUUCAGAUUCAGUUCAAGGAGCUGGUGCACCAACCAUGUUUCAGGCUAUGAGACGUAUAAUUAGUUGCUUAGUUCAUGAGUAUGUUGGUGAGGGUGCUUUUGAGCGAGCGAUUCGUCAAUCUUUUCUUGUUUCUGCAGAUAUGGCUCAUGGAGUUCACCCAAAUUUUAUGGAUAAGCAUGAAGAACACCAUCGGCCAGAAUUGCAAAAGGGACUUGUUAUCAAGCACAAUGCAAACCAGCGCUAUGCUACCAGUGGAAUUACUGCUUUUCUUUUCAAAGAAGUGGGAAGAAUCCAUAACCUUCCAACUCAGGAAUUUGUUGUGAGAAACGAUAUGGGAUGUGGAUCUACCAUAGGUCCCAUACUAGCUUCUGGGGUUGGCAUCCGCACUGUUGAUUGUGGUAUUGCUCAGCUCUCCAUGCACAGUGUGAGAGAGGUAUGUGGGAAGGAAGAUAUUGACAUUGCUUACAAGCAUUUCAAGGCAUUUUACCAAACAUUCUCAAGUGUAGACAGGAAACUGAAUGUGGAUUAGGUUUGCUUGAUCGACUAGGAUUUGAGGUGGAAGUGGAACUUGAGCCAUGGCUGGGAUCUCGAUUUGGGUUCGAACUGGAGCUUGUCUUGGGGAGUUUCUCCUUCAUCUCUGCCAGCAGAGCCUGAUUUUCCUGGUUGAGCUGCUGAGCUUUCUUUCUUAGCCUCUCAUUUUCUUGGAUUAUGUAGCAGUUCUGCAAGUACAGCUCGGAGUUGAGCUUCUCCAUACUCAUUCCCUUCUAUUGCCCCUGAAAUUAAAGACAACAUAUACAAAUGAUCUCAAAUAGGUAACCUUCGAUUGCUAUGAGGAGAUUAAGGUAUCACAUUAGUACUAAAAAUCUUCUAUACAUGGACAAAUAAAUGUAUGCAUAUCCUUUCCAAUAAAAUGAGAGGAGAGAAAAUUGUGGAAGUUUGAAGAAACAGAAGUUAUUGUGAAAGCCUUGUAACCUUCAACAGAAAAGAAACGAAGAGAAGGCAAAGCUUGUUAAAGAGAGAUAUUGUUAGUGGCUUUGCCGGUGAACCACAUUCAUUGAUGUUUAUAUGGAAAAGAAAACUGACGCCCAAAUAGGCAAAUCUACUUCCAACUGAAAAAAAGAAACACCCAUUGAGAAAGCCACCUUGUCUGCCUUUCCUUGUAAAAGAACACAAAUAUGCAGGACUUUAACGGUCCAUAGAAAGGUUGUUUAUCUGUAGCUUUUGAAUAGAAGAAGUAGCUUUAUAAGAUUGUUAAGGCUUUGGACAGAAAAGUCGCAUGUGUGUAGAGUGGUGAAAAGCAAAAUAGGAGGGAAGAUAUUUGGGAGAUAACAGAGAGACGAGUGUGGGGUUGCCGCCUGCUGCCUGCCGCCUGCCGCCUGCCGCCUGCUGCUACUGAGAGGGGGAAGGGGGAAAGGUGAGGAAGAGGAGGAUAAAGCUUACCGCAACUGCCACAAUAAUCAUGCAUGUGUGGGGCUGUGAGCACGGGACACAGCCCAGUAAGGUGAUGAUGGCAGGCACCAGACUUGCCCGAGAGGUGAUGAUGGCAAGCACCCACAGUUUUCCCAAAGUGAUCCUGGGUGUAUAUCUAUACAAGUAUAUAAAAAUAUAUAUACACAUAUAUAUAGACCUUUCAACUCUACUGGCCUCUUGUAAAUUCCUCUCUUCACUGUGCCAAACUGUUGAUUCACAUUUUUCCUGCUUGCGUCUAUGAAAAUGAUGGUAUUCAUGUGCUUUUUUCGUUUU